UCGGGUCUGCCGGAACAAUCUCGCGAGAAGAGCCGCCCUAGGACGGAAAUAUGGCGCCUCCCAGUCCCCGGGAGCAUCAGUCCGCGCCGGCGACGAGUGCGACCAAGCCUGACGCGGAGAUGGUACUACCUGGCUUCCCCGAUGCAGACAGCUUCGUAAAGUUUGCACUUGGGUCGGUAGUGGCAGUUACAAAGGCGUCUGGGGGCCUGCCGCAGUUUGGUGACGAGUAUGAUUUUUACCGAAGUUUUCCUGCCUUCCAGGCAUUUUGUGAGACACAAGGAGACAGGUUGCUUCAGUGCAUGAGUCGGGUGAUGCAGUACCAUGGGUGUCGCAGCAACAUCAAAGACCGAAGUAAAGUGACUGAGUUGGAGGACAAGUUCGAUUUACUGGUCGAUACCAAUGACGUGAUAUUGGAGAGAGUGGGUAUAUUACUGGAUGAAGCCUCCGGUGUGAACAAACAUCAGCAGCCUAUCCUCCCUGCAGGGCUGCAGGUCCCCAAAACAAUAGUGUCGAGCUGGAACCGGAAGGCAGGAGAAUAUGGCAAAAAGGCAAAAUCUGAGACUUUCCGACUGCUGCAUGCAAAAAACAUCCUCCGACCUCAGCUCAGGUUUCGAGAGAAGAUUGACAAUUCCAACACACCAUUUCUGCCGAAAAUCUUUGUCAAACCCAAUGCUCGGAAGCCACUCCCUCAGGCUCUCUCAAAAGAAAGGCGGGAACGCCCACAGGAUCGUCCCGAGGACCUGGAUGUCCCCCCAGCCCUGGCAGAUUUCAUCCAUCAGCAGCGAACCCAGCAGGUGGAGCAGGACAUGUUUGCACACCCUUAUCAGUAUGAACUCGACCACUUCACUCCUCCUCACUCGGUGCUGCAGAGACCGCAGCCACAGUUGUACAGACCUGUGGAAGAGACGCCCUGCCACUUUGUGUCAUCCCUGGAUGACCUUGUGGAGCUCAAUGAGAAGCUGCUGGGCUGUCAGGAGUUUGCAGUGGACCUAGAGCAUCACUCAUACAGAAGCUUCCUAGGACUGACCUGCCUGAUGCAGAUCUCCACCCGAACAGAAGACUUCAUUGUUGACACCCUCGAGCUUCGAAGUGACAUGUACAUUCUCAACGAGAGCCUCACAGACCCAGCCAUCGUUAAGGUCUUCCAUGGUGCCGACUCUGACAUAGAGUGGCUGCAGAAAGACUUCGGGCUCUAUGUGGUGAACAUGUUUGAUACACACCAGGCAGCACGGCUUCUCAACCUGGCUCGUCACUCACUUGACCAUCUGCUGAGACUCUACUGUGGUGUGGAAUCAAACAAGCAGUAUCAGCUGGCAGACUGGAGGAUACGCCCUCUGCCAGAGGAAAUGCUGAGCUAUGCCCGGGAUGACACCCAUUACCUGCUUUACAUCUAUGACCGAAUGAGGCUGGAGCUGUGGGAAAGAGGCAACGAUCAACCUGUCCAGUUGCAGGUGGUGUGGCAGCGGAGCAGGGACAUCUGCCUCAAGAAAUUUGUCAAGCCUAUCUUUACGGACGAGUCCUACCUUGAGCUAUAUCGAAAGCAGAAGAAGCAUCUGAACUCGCAGCAGCUGACAGCCUUUCAGCUGUUGUUUGCUUGGAGGGACAAGACCGCUCGCAGGGAGGACGAGAGCUAUGGAUAUGUUCUGCCCAAUCACAUGAUGCUAAAGAUAGCUGAGGAACUGCCUAAGGAGCCUCAAGGCAUCAUAGCUUGCUGUAACCCGGUACCACCUCUUGUCCGGCAGCAGAUCAAUGAGAUGCAUCUCUUAAUCCAGCAGGCUCGAGAGAUGCCCCUGCUCAAGUCUGAAACUGCAGCUGGAGUAAAGAAGAGUGGACCACUGCCCAUCGCCGAGAGAUUGGAGAAUGAUCUGUUUGGACCCCAUGACUGCUCCCAUGCCCCUCCAGAUAACUAUCCCAUCGCCCCAACUGAUGGGACCGUGCCACUUCAGAAGAAGCCGAGCCUCUUCGCAGAGGGUAAAGAAGAGAGCUCUGUGGACGCCAGAUGCCUCCUUGCUACGGCUGUCAUCACUCUGUUUAGUGAACCUAGCACUGAGGAAACUGGAAAGACUCCAUUGACGGUGGCACAGAAAAAAGCCCAGAACAUAAUGCAGUCCUUUGAAAACCCAUUUAGGAUGUUCCUGCCUUCUCUGGAACACAAGGCUCACAUCUCUCAAGCAGCAAAGUUUGAUCCUUCUUCGAAAAUCUAUGAAAUCAGCAACCGCUGGAAGCUGGCCAGCCAGGUCCAGGUCCAGAAAGAACCUAAAGAAGCAACCAAGAAGAAGGUAGCUGAGCAAACAGCUGCCCAGGAGAAAGCAAAGGAGUCCGCAGCCGCUGUGCUGGAACAGGCUAUCCCCGUGCGGCAGCAAGCCGCGCUAGAAAAUGCUUCUAAGAAGAGAGAGCGAGCCACCAGUGACCUGAGGACCAUAGAGCAGAAACAGGAGAAGAAACGACUAAAAAGCUCCAAGAAAGCCAAGGACCCUGAUCCCCCAGGGAAAGACUUCAGUCCUUAUGACUACAGCCAGUCAGACUUCGGGGCCUUUGCUGGGGACAGUAAAUCCAAGCCUUCCUCCCAGUUUGACCCCAGUAAGCUGGCACCUUCAGGCAAGAAAUGUGUUGGAGCCAAAAAACUUAAACAGUCGGUGGGGAACAAAAGCAUGUCAUUUCCUGCUGGGAAGUCGGACAGAGGCUUCCGGCACAACUGGCCAAAGAGAUAGUGUUGAAGAGACUCCUGGGGCUACGGACAGUGCUGCUUUGUACAAACCCGUUUUAAAAUCAUUAAAAUUUAUUCCUACCAGAAGAAA